AUGGCUGGUGCAUUCAAGUGGCAUUCUUGUUCAACAAAAGAUUUUCCACUUAAACGUAAUAAAGUGACAAAGGCAUGCAAUGCAUGUCGAACAAAAAAGAUGCGUUGCGAUGGCAUAACUUGUUUGUCAGAACCACGGUGUGCUCGGUGUACUGAACAUAGUCUGCUUUGUCAUUACGACGAAAAGACAAGACGCAACUCAUCUCCCAAGAAACCCGAUCUUUUAAAGCGCGACGGAAACCAUGUUGCGACAGUCGAACAUGACUACAAGACCCAAAACCUCAAAAAUAUCACCUUUUCAAAUCAUUAUUAUACCCAUCUGUCAGCCAAAACAACAAAUAGACCUUUUCUGUACAUCACACGACUACCACCACUCCUCUUUGGCUUCUUUGACAUGUCAUCUCAGCCACACACAGUCUGGGCCGGUUUCCUAGAUUUGUUUACACAAUAUCUCCAGGCAUCCCCAACCCAACCUGGCUUUUCUAGACUUGCAAAGGAUCUUUCGCUUGAGAUACUUUCUUUAUUUUCAAAUUACAAUUUACUCUACAGUCCAUGUAUUGAGAUCUCAUUGAUUAACACAGUCAUCAAUAGUAUUCAAAACCCACUUGAUCCUUCUGUAGCACCCACAAAAGGUGUUGAAAUUGUCUUGACAUUUUCCGUAUUUGCCCUCGUCUUUCAGGCCGCAAAUCAAGCCCUUUGUUCAAGAUACCAAAAAUUGUCUCUUGAGAUUGAGCGAUUGGCCCAUAUAUUCUAUUCAGAAGCUCACCGAAGAUUACUCUCUGCCGCCUUUCCAUUUCAACCACUGGGAACCGAUCGAGACUCUCUGAUUGUACUCAUCCAGAGUGCCAUUCUUUUGACUCACUAUCAAUGUACUACAGUGUGUGAAGAGCAGGCUUUUAUUACUCUCCAGAUUGGUGCCACAUUUGCCCAGCGUUGUUCAUUUCAAGACCUUAUCCGUCAGCAGAAAACAGACUUAAUUGAAAAGGAAAAAAUCACGCUACUAUUCAAGUUACUCCACAGCUGGGAUGUGUGGUUUAGUGUUUAUAUGCGUCGAAACUGCUGGACUAGCCGGGUGCAAAAUCCAGAAGAAUUAGCUGAACCCAAGACGAUUGCAGCCAACAAAUUUACCAAUGAUCAAGAAGGAUAUCAACAGUGGGCAGUAUCUGUGCUCGAUCAGUACACUGAAUUCUUGAGUCAAUUAACAACCAAACAAGAUAAUUCCCGGGUAGAUGAAAUAAAGGCUCAGCUCAGUACUUUAAGUCAACUAUCCAACCUGUCAAAAGAUGUCAGCAAUUUUAAUGACAUUUGCGGGAUGAAAUUAUCGGUAUCUGCACUUGAAUUAUUCCAUCAGAUUCUUACCAUCCAAAUAUUCAACUGUCAGCUCAAACCUUCCUCUGACCAACUCCUGGAAGGUCUAUUCGAUCUAGCUGCUUUAGAUUCAUGUGUAUCUGCAGCACGUUGUAUUGUACAGUCAUCCAAAACCCUCGCCUCCACCUCAAAUACGUCACCUGCUAUUGUGUAUGCACUUUGUGUUGCUAAAAGUAUAUUUGACCUCAAAGAACAAGAGCAAAAUAGCCAAAGUAAACGGUUAAAACAAUCUCCUUUGGAAACAAAAUCAUUGACAAAGAAGGUUUUACAUUCAGAAAUAUCAACAAAUUCGAACGAAGUAUCAAUUUUACAUGUUCAGUUACUAGAAGUGAUCAAGAUAUUAUCUACUUAUUCCGAAAUCGCCAAUACUCUUGAGAUGUGUAUCAAUCACAAGGUAUCUGCUGAUCACAUGUUUGUUCACACAGCACCUGAACGCUGUGGAGAAAACCCAGAUCUCUCGGUCGUGCCAUCCAAUCGUCUUAUUGAUACAGAUGAUAACCUUCAUUGUAUUGUAUCAGCACAGCCAAGAUCCGCAAAUCAGGCUAUUUCAUCAUAUCUCAUGUUGGAUGUUAUGUCUAGAGCAGACAUGGACAAAGAACAACUCAGCAAACUAUCUCAUACUUCUAUCGAGCGAGAGGAAGCAGCGUCCGUUAGUUCAUACUAUUCUGGCUCGAUUCAGGCAAGCAUAAAUAAAAGGCGACAUAUGACACCAGGACAAGACGAAAAUACCAAUAAAUCCACUCGAGCACCAAAAAGACAGCUUUCAUCUCCAGGGAAUAAUGAUUCAUCGCCUCAUCAUCAAUUGCAGCAGGCGCAACCCCAUUACUCCUACAAACGUACAAAGACUAGUAAUUUGGGUAACAAUGACCAAGAAAUGACGGUAUUGGUGGGACCUAACAGCCAAAAUCAGCAACAGCAACAAAAGGAGAAAAAUGAACAGAAUCAAAAACAGGAAAGGGAGCAGUCGUUUGAACGAGGCCUCAGCGAACAAACUGUGAAUAGUCAUAAUCCGUACGUGAGCAUGCACGAUGUUCAUGAAGUACAUGAAGACUCAUCGGGAGCGUUGGGGAUAUGCAAUGAAGAUUACCUGUGGAUUGAUAUUCCUAUUAGCGAUACACUUCAAGCUGAGCAACCACAACACCACCAACAUUUUUACCCUUCAACUCAAACAGUAAAGCAUCGAUCUACUCGAAUAUCUGAAGUUUCUCCUACACCAGAGCUCCCAUCGAUGUCAAGCACAAGCACAACCCCUGGCUCUGGAAUACAUGCUGUAAUGUUUGAAGCUGUACCAAGCCUGGAAGGAUUGGAUUCAGAGAAUUCUGUAAUCCCACCAAAAUUACCUCUUCCUCCUCCAAAGCAUCGUGAUGCUCCUCAAAAAUACUGGCCAUCUGUUCAUUCUAGAGAUUGGAAUGAAUGCUUUACUGCAUCCAUGGUUGAGACUCUCCAUCCAAAUACUUCUGUGAUUCCACAUGAGCCUUCCUUUGGUACACCUAUUGUUCAAUCUAUCGGAUUAGAUACACUUUCUAGCAGCCACGAACACCAUUCUUCACUUGUGCCUCAAACAGCUGUAGAGACAUCUGUAAUUCCAGACGCGGACAGCUCUGAGAUGAUGUAUCUUUUAUAUGGGUCUUCAGAGAAUUCGGGGUCAUGUGGUGAAAGAAGUAGUGCAGGAAGCUCAGAUCCUUCUCCUCGCGAGUCAGUUGUUUGUCACCCUCCAACAAACUGGCUAUCGUCUCCUCUCAAACAUACUUCGCCACUAUCUACUUUAUCUGAGCAUCCUUCUCAGUUUAAUGCCAUGCGACAAUCAUUAGAAUCAUCCCAACAAGACAAAUCUGUAACGAAGCAGUGGGAUACAGCUUUAUUAAAAGCACCAGAGUACAAGAAGAAAGCCAACCGAGACUUUGCUAUGCUUUCAACAAAUUCGAUGGCUCCUAAUCAUAUUUACCCACUCCCUAUUGAUCUCUCCCCAACACCAGAUCAACGUUCUGUUGUUUUGCAGUCGAGAUUGACUACCAGUGGAAACUCGUCUUGUCAGCAUACUGAAGACGGUUCUGUUAUGUUUUCUCAAGAGAAUCCUUGGAUACAGAUACCUCAAACCAAGAUAGCCGGCGAUGCUAUUUCAUGGCACUAA